AUGGUCAAGAAUAUUGAUCCUAUCGUUUAUCCUGGGCAGUACCGUUCUCAUAUGCACUCAUUCUUUGGAUCCGAUGCUGUGACCAAAAACCUGCCCACCACGGCCGACCGUGAGAAAGGCUGUGCCUCUGGAGAGAACCCCAACGAUUUGUCAGUGUAUUGGAUUCCAACCCUUUACUAUGUACGGGGACCAACCGACUCUGUGGAGGUAAAUCCGGGCAUGUUCAGCACAUACUAUGAAAACAUCGACAAGGCCGAGAUUCCAUAUUCACAAGACCUUUUUGCCAUUGCAGGAAAUGCAACAGCGAGAAGCCAGAGUGAUGUGAACGAGGGCACCACUGGUCUGACAUGGUGGUGUGAAAAUGGGCCUGAGGACAGACAGAACCGUAACCGAGCUCUCAUGCCUCGCGUGACGUGCAGCGGCAAUAUCCAAGUCAUUCUUCGGUUUCCGGAUUGCGUCCAGACAAGCAACAUCAAGAACUAUGCCUACACCGCAGCGAACGGUGGCCGUUGUCCCUCAGGUAUGAAAUGA